AUGGCCGGACGUGACAGCGACGAUGACAGCGACACAGAAUGGGCGCCGCCGAAGCAACCAGAGUGGUACAAGAGCAAGGCCAACACGACAAGCUCCAACAGCAUGUCACAAACGAAUGUAAGAGAAGGAUAUGGGAUCACGACCUUAGAGGUUGUUGAACUUGUAGAGGACCUUACAAGCUAUGUCAAGAAAAAGGACCUACUCGAGAAGAUCCAAUCAGAAAAGAGCCAAUCGCAGCUUCUGAAGAGCUUGCGUUCACCAACGUCAAAGGACUGGCUUGCGGUAGCCAAAUGUACACGGCUGCGAAAUGCGCAAAUACCCAAAGUCUUCCACGAGGCUGCAGCCGGAACUAUCUGGACGAUGAUGCUAGCCAAGGUGCGUCAGUACGGCGCCAAGGUCAAGACAGAGGACCCGAGCAACACGCCAACGCCGACACUGUCUGAGACGGCGCAGCGACGGUCUUCGUCCGUCGUGUCCAACAGGUCUACAGCGUCGAUAACCGACAAGUUCGGCGUUGCAUCACUCACUGAGCCGGCUAUCUUGAAUGACGCCAAUGUUGCCUUAGUAGACGCUGUGCAUCACUCUGUCGUCAAACAAUUCCCCAUGUUCAGGCUGAUGACGAAGGAAAGCCAGCAGAAAUUGGAGGAGAACUACUUUGAGGUUAGGGCCCAGCACCUCAAGUACGAUGCCCUCAUCCAGCAUUUGUCAUUGCCCAAGUACUCCGAUUGGUACCAAGCAGGCACCUCUCAGGUCAUGGAUGCGUUGACGAUGACGCUCAUUGAGGACGACGACGACUUGCUAGGCACCGUCAACUCUCAUAUCAAGUCGAGGAGGCUCGGAGCACCCUCACCACCCAAGAAGAGAGGCCGACAUUCCAAACUUAUACCAGACGGACCUCCCCUCAAGCGCCGUAAGACCGAGGCAGCGGACAGCAGACAUGCAAAAGCAAGCGGGGGAAGAACCAAGAAAGACAAAGAUUCAGAGGACUCCGACACUGGCAGCGACGUCCCGCGCCCACGCAGGAGGGACAGAGCAGCGGCCCGCGCUCGAUCAGCUGAAAGAAAGCGGUUAGGAAAGGAAGCGCAGCUUAAGAAGACCAGGGACGAAGAGGAGCUGGCUAAGGCCAAAAAAGAGAAAGAGGAGAAAGAAGCUCGGGAGCGCGAGACUCAGCCAGAUGGCCCGCUAGACAGCGACGACUACCGCUCAGACAGCAGCUCGGACAUUGACCCUGAGGAUGACUCGGAGGACGAGGAGGCAACGACAGCAAAGGACCUUGCCAGAGAACAAAAGGAAAGGCUCAAAGCCUUAUUGAACGCCAAGUAA